AUGAAUAUCUUAAGCCUUCUUCUCGUCUGGUCCUCGGUGCUGUUGGCCAACGUGCUAGCCAAUAACCUGGCUGCCCCCUAUGAGCUUCUGCACUAUUACUACGUAUAUAAGCUGGAAUGGGACACUGGCAUCGAGAAAACCAUAGCCCCGGGCUGUGCCAAACGCGACCAGAUGUGCUAUUUCGACGAAUUCGCCAAAUAUCUUAUGGAUGACGAUUGGAGAGCCGCGUACCGUCCCGACGCAGCCGAUCACACUCGGGACCCAGGUACGGCCGCCGUGACGAGGUUGUCGAGUAACAUGCCUCACUCUGCGCGGUACAAAUUGAAUUUGCUGCUUCCCCAUAUCAACGCCGAUGCGCGAUCAUUUCCUCUCGUUUUUCAGGCGGUCCUUAGCGCCGCCAACAAAGCUCUCGCUCGGGAUAACGUGAGCAAAGAGGAUCUGGAACAAGCGGUGGCAAUGGCGCAGGAAGUCAAGGCAGCCCGCACUCCGGCCGUCUUCGAAUUGCAACAAGCCUCACUCAGAAACCGCAUUGGAGACGCGGCUUACCAGUUUGUGGAAGUCACCGCUUCCGGGUUCAAGUGGCCUGAGACCCUCGCCGCGAUCGACACCGCGGUGGAAGAUCGUGAGCUAACCGCCGCGGAAGGGGCCGCGGCUAAGGAGAAGAUUCGGUUGUUCUCCCUAACGUAUGAGCAUGACAUUCUCGCCGGCGAGGUUUCAGACCAUAACCAUCUCAACAUCGUAAGGUCACUCGCAACUUCCAUUACAAGCCUGACGCGAGGAAUUGAAGACAAAUUUCCCUCAAGUGGCGCUUCUUCGCCGGCCUGGCCGUCCAGCGAUUGUGAGGACGAGUUCAGCUACUCGAGCACGUCCUCAUCCUCGGGAUCGGAAUGA